UAAGUAGCUCUUAUCUUUCGCAUUGUUGCACUGCCAAAUUAGGUUAUAUGUACAGAAAAAAAGGAAAAAUUUUCGAACGUUAAUAGCAAUAGCCGCAAAAUAUGACAUGUUUGUUAGGUUCAAAUUGAUAUAAGAAAGAUAAAAGGAUACAAUUUGAUAAGGUUGAGUAAUAACCACUAACUUUAUAAAUACGCAUGCAUCCGAUCCUUUUCUGAUCUCUAAGACAUACACAAAGGCAUUAUAACAAACAUAUAAGCCACGAUGCAAAAUCAAGACUUAAAAGAUCUCAGUAAUAUUUCCAUCAAGGAAGCAGGUAACUCUCCACGCACAAGCAACGAAAGUGUUGAAAGAGGCGAUUUUGAAGACACACACUAUAUAGAUGAAAAUUUAGAAAGAAGAAUUAUCAGAAAGUUUGAUUUUAGAAUUUUACCAUUGAUAGCUUGUGUAUAUUUAUUCAAUGCUUUGGACAAAGGUAAUAUCUCGAACGCUAAGACGAAUGGUAUUGACAUAGAUUUAGGUAUAACUGGUUAUAAAUGGAAUUUAAUGCUUUCAGUAUUUUAUAUUCCUUUUGUUUUAUGUGCUCUUCCAUUUGCCAUGAUAAUUAAGAAGUACAACGCUGCUAACUGUAUUCCUCUUUUGGCUUUUGGUUUUGGAGCUAUUAGUUUAUUAGCCGUAUCCGCGUUCAAUUUUGGAUCCCUUUUAACUGCAAGAUUAUUUCUUGGAGCAAUGGAAGCUCCAGUUUUACCUGCUUUAGUUUACUAUUUAACAACUUUUUAUCCUAGAGCAAAACUUGCAAGUCGUAUUUCAAUCUUUUAUUCUGCCAGUGCCAUUGCUAAUUCUUUCUCGGGUUUAUUGAGUUUCGGGGUAUUUCAAAUUAAUUCAUCUCGUUUGAGGGGAUGGCAAAUUUUAUUUUUAAUUGAAGGUUUCGGUUCAAUUUUAAUUUCUGUUCUUGCAUUCUUUUUAUUACCAAGAUCAAUUUCGAAUUCAAAGUUCUUGACUGACGAAGAGAAAAGGUACAUUACCUAUAGAAUUAAAACUGAUUCCAGUGAUGUUGUAACUACUAAUAAGAUUUCAUUUAAAGAUUCCAUCAAAGUUUUUAAGAAUCCAGUUGUUAUUGCAUGGAUGUUGGUCGAAAUCUGUAUUGGAGUUCCUUUAAAUUCAAUUAAUAAUUGGUUUCCUCAAAUUGUUGGUGUAUUGGGUAAAUCAACGGUUCAAACUAAUUUAUACACAGUUGCCCCUAAUAUAUGGGGAGCUAUUGUUUUAGUUGCCUUAUGUUUUGCUUCAGAUUAUUUUAAAGUUAGAUCAAUAUUUGUUUGUUUUGCUGUCUUAUGUACGUUACUAGGCUUUUUGGUAUUCGGAGUAAUUGAAACUCAAAAGCAUUUAGGAGUGGCAUAUUUCUCAUGUUUCUUAAUGACUAUGGGGGCUUCUGCUUCUUCUGUCUUAACAUCAACGUGGUACACAAAUAAUACACCAAAUGCUAACAGAAGAGCAGUUAUUUCAGCUAUUGGUGUACCUUUGGCUAAUGCUGCUGGUUUGAUUUCAACUAAUAUUUUCCUUCCAAAAGAUGCUCCUAAAUAUGUUCCUGCUUUAGGAAUCACCGCUGGUUUCGGUGGUUUAGCAAUUGUUAUUAUAACGUGUAUGACAGCAUUUAUGCUUUUUGACAAUAGAAGAAGAAACAAAAUUCAAGGUGUGGUUAAGACCUUUCAAGAUGUGCCUACCUCAGAAUUAAGUGAAGGGCCAGACAAUAUUAAUUUCAGAUGGAUGUAUUAGAUUUGUAGAUUUGUGAAUGUUGUUAUUUUAAUAUAUUAUUUUUUUUAUUCUC